GACAGGUUCUGUAGCAGUUGGAGGCUUCUGGGAAGAGAGAGAAGGAAUUGCAGUUGGGCCCCACCAGACCAGACCAUGAAGGAUGCCACUGACCCAAAGCUUCAUAAGGAGGAGAACAAUUGUUUUACACCCUCUCUGUUCCUGCACAAUCGUUGCUGCACAAGUACUUAGUGAGCUGAGUCACUUGAACCUUUUCUUGCCGUAGCAAGAGUAUUAAGACUGGCCAUUUCCAUUUAAACAGGCCCUUGGUGGGAAAUGGCAAUGGUGCACAGGAGCCUGAAGAAGUCACUAGCCUGCUACUGGGGGAACUUUUCUAGGUUAUGCUUUUUCUUAGGACUCUCCAUUGUAUUGUCUGCUAUUAUUUGGAAACAAAGCAAGGAGACAUGCAAAUGUCCCAAAUGGAAAGAAUCUGAAUUAAAGGAUACAGAUAGAAUGGAGACAAUCAACUCAGAAAAUAUUAUAUUGAAGAAGAAUCCAGAUUUCAGUGUAAUGGAAAGUGCUACAGGUCUCUUACCUAUUCAGUAUAAAUAUCUCUUGGGAUCACCUCCUUCAAUAAAGAGAUUCUUGACCAUUGGCAUCUCUUCUUUCCACAAAAAGAAGGAACACCUUUUGCUGAAGACAAUUGAUUCCAUUUUCAGUCACUGCCGCCAAGAAGAAUUAAAUCUGAUCACCGUAGUUAUAUACCUAGCCAAUAACGAUUCUAAACUGAACGAGGAAAACGCGAAGGAGAUGAAGGCUCAGUUUAGUGCGCAUGUGAAAGCAGGAAGGCUGCUUGUCAUACAAAGCUCUCUAGAAAGUUACCCUCCUGUGCACAAUCUGAAAGUAGAUCUCUGGGGCAAAAACAUCAAAUAUAAAUCUAAACAGAAUGUAGAUUAUGCUUAUUUAGUUAACUUUUGUGCCAAUCUCUCUCAGUAUUAUUUGAUGCUAGAGGAUGACACUGCCUGUGCCACUGGUUUUGUGUCCAUUAUACAAAGCUAUGUAAGGACGCUGGAGGAAUCCUGGACCACAAUAGCAUUUUCAAGGCUAGGCUACAUAGGGAAGCUCUAUCAUAGCUCUGAUCUCACCAAACUAGCUCGGUUUCUCUUGAUGUUUUAUGAUGUUAUUCCCGCAGACUGGCUCAUGACAUAUUUUCAUAAAACCAAAAUGCAAGGAGAAACUAUUUUCUAUUGGCCUUCUCUCUUCCAGCACGUAGGGAGAAUUUCUUCAUUUCACGAGCUGGAAGUACAACACACGGAUUCAGAGUUUUAUGAAGACAUUGGAAGUUUGGGCGAUGCCCUUACUGCUUCCUGUUUCACAAACAUGCAAAUAUAUGGAAAUUACAAACCGGCCAAUGUGUGUCCCCCUGGAAAGGGUGUCUUUUGGGGUAUGAAUGUGACAGCAAAAAGCUACUUCACCAUUGUUUUUGACAACCCAAUUAUUCCCCAGAAGAUUCAGAUUUACACAGGGUCAGCCGAACAUAGCACAGACAUUCUUCAUAAUGGUUUUGUAGAAAAGGGCAGGCUCAAAGUCCACUUAAAUGAACGUCAAACAUGCCUAUCCUUCAUACGAAUUGGGGAUUUUAAGUCUGGAUUUUUUGAAAUGGAAGAUCAGACUAAUAAAGGUGACAUUGAAUGCCUUCGAAUAAAAUCUACAGCUCCACAAAAGCACUGGCUGAGGAUAAGGAGAAUUAGUAUUUGGGUGAAGAAGAGUUAAUUUCACAUUCUAUUAUUUCGUGCUCACCACUGCAGAAAGGUAUAAUGAAUCUUGCUAACGACAAUUAUAUAAAUCAACAUUUCACCUUCUGUAAUGGAUGGCCCCUUUGUUUCUCUUUAAAAUAAAACAAAACAAAAUGGUUGAAUAGAAAGCAAAAAACAACACCUUACAUAAUAAAUUAACAUUUCCCCACCAAG